CCUUUUUCUAUAUAAUAACAUUUUUUGAGAUUUUAAUUGUGAUAUCUGUGUAGAUAUAUGCUCGCGACACGCAAUCGUGCAAUUGGAGCCCGACAUUUAUUUCCUUGCUGGGAUGAUCUAAAAUGGAGAACCACCUUUACUUUCGUGAUAAAACAUUACCGCAAUUUUACGGCUUUAUCCAACAUGCCGAGAUACAGAAUAUAUCGUGAUAGAUAUGUAGUAGAUCGUAUGGAUUUUGUAUGGACAUACUUCCAUACUACUCCUCCAAUAUCUACUUAUCAUAUUGCGAUUGUGGUGACUAAUUACAAUUUUACUCGCAUUAACCGAACUAUCGCUUUGUGGUGUAGAGAAUGUUCUGGAAAACAUUCUUUUGAAUUUGCAAAGAAUGUUAUAAAAUAUAUUACGCCGAAUGUAGAAUCUGAAUUUGAAGAAAUAAAGAUUCCAAAAACGGAUCAUGUUAUAAUUCCUAAUUAUCCACAAGACGGUACAUCAAAGUUGGGACUUAUUUUUUACAGCAAAUUUUGCUCGCUGCCUGUUGAUGAAUUCUGGUAUAUACAAGAAGACGUUGCUAAUGCAUCACGUCAAUUAUUUAAUUCAAGAGAUUUUCCAUUUUGGUUAUCUUAUAACAAUUAUCCUGACUUGUACUGGAUACAAAACGAUCCUAGUUCGGGCAUUUUGAGACAACAAUUCGGCGGGUGGUGGAUACCUACUGCUUUAGUAACAAAAAGUUUUCUACCUGGAAUUAUUGAAUUAUGGUUGACACCAAACAAAGAGUGUUAUGAGAUGAUUCAUACUGCUGAAGAUAAUUGGAUAAUGGUUGAUAUCCGAGAAGCUGCGCAUGUAAUAGAAUCUUUUUGUCAUAUAACAGGAUAUUAUCGCAUUAAGUACGAUGAGGAAAACUGGUACAAAAUUACCCAAUACUUGAAUUCUACAGACUAUAAAAAUAUAAGUGUCAUAAAUCGUGCUAAAUUAAUUGAUGAUCUGUUUUAUUAUACGAUAUUAGAACGUCAGCUUAAUCUAUCCAUAUUCUUGAACCUUACAGUAUAUUUGUCGCAAGAAACAGAUUAUGCGGCAUGGUAUCCAAUGAUCAAAAUACUUGAAUAUAUUUCGAGUGUAUUUCCAGUGUCAGUACUUAGUUUAAAUGAGACAUAUAAUAUAGGAAGAGUCUUUUAUCCAAAAGAAAUCAAUGCCGGUUUUAUAAAGGGAAAAAUGAGAGAUUUGUUGGCUAAAUCUUUGAAGGUACUAGGAUUUGAAAAGCUUCCGAUGGAGUCUAAACUUACUGAAACUUUAAGGCAAGAGAUUGCAAAAUGGGCAUGUAUAUUAGAACACCCUAAGUGUCUAAAAAUAGCCAAAUUAAAGUUAGAACAACAUCUUUCAGAUCCUCAAACAUUCAAAAUUUUACCGGGAUGGAAGAAAUGGACAUUCUGCAAUGGUAUUAAAGCCGUGGAUCCAGUUACAUGGAAAUAUACGAAGGAGAUUUGGGUUGAUAAUGUCGGUGAUAAAUAUAUUGAAUAUAUAUCUUGUUUUGAUCCUAAUAUUGCAUACUUGUUAUUUCCAUAUCUUAACUAUCACAAAAGAGCACGCGUAAUAACAAGAAAAAAUCAAUAUAAUACUGUUAAUGUAUUCUUUUCUCUCAUUGUAAAACAUGCUAAUACAAAGUAUAUUCUUGAUCAAAUUUUACGCAAGUUUUGGGAUAUCAGACCAAGAAUAAUAAAAAUACAUGCUGCGCUAGUUCUUGUCAUUAACCACGUAUAUUCCAUAGAACGUCUUAAUGAGGUUUCUAUUUUUGUAAAAUUAAAGGAGGUAGACUUAAGAAACUUAACGACACAAGCUUCUCACAAAAUAGAAAUACGUAGGUCAGAAAUUGAAAGACAGAUUAAUUAUUUACAGACCAACCUACAAAUUAAGUAUCCACAGACAUUUACAGAGGAAGAUGAGCUCUCUAAUACUACAAUCAGUGAAACCACAGGAAGAACAACAUUGAAAAUAUUUGAUGAUGAUGACAUACCUGACGAGUUAUUUACGUGGUAGACUUAUGACUAUCAAUCUCAGCGAAAUAUAUAAAUACACAAAUCUUUUAAUAUUAAUACACUAAUAUUAAAGUUGAAAUCACUAAAAGAUAAAAAAAUAUUCACUAAAAUUAUCGCAGUUAUAAGUCUAUCACUACAAGUCAGUAAUAAUUCAUUGAUUAUUAUUUAGAGAAAAUUAAGUUAAAUAAACUUGGCUAUGUAAAUGUAAGUUGUGGAAUAAUUUGCAAAAAAUAUUUGAAGACUAUAUGUACAGUUAGAACGAGUAAACUACUAAAAAUAAAUUUGCAAAGUAUCUGUAUUUACCUCGAUAUUAAAUCUU